AUGUGCGACAAAAUUUACUAUGACACUACGUUAAUUGUUGUUUUGGAAUUUGGUUCAUUGAAAAUAUAUCAUGUCUUGACUCAUAAUGUGGAAUCUAGAAGAAUUUGGUAAGACUUAUCAACUGAAAUUAUUAUCAUAAAUGCAUUCCCAGAAGAAUGCAAUAAUCAUUCGCUUUAUUUGACGCUCGUCCCGCGGUUAAGAAAGGACAUGAUGUUUUAUGCAUAUUCACUCAGUUUAUGAUUUAUCGCAGGCAAAGGAACUCUUAAAGCUUUAUUUCAAACUUGACACAUUUUUUUCAUUUCUGAAAAAGCUAGGAAACUUUGGAUAUUUGGGGCGAAAGAUUUGGGAAUGUUGGGAGUCUUAAUUUCGGAAAACUUGAUAAUGCACGCCAAACUAAAGGACAUGCAUACAGACACUGAUUUUCUGUCCCUUUUCGUGUCAUUUUGCCAAAUACUAUGCUGUUUGUUGAAUGAUUCUGUUAAGUUUACGAGGAUGGAAGAAACAGUACAGUAAAAAAAACUUGACGGAAACCACCAAACUUCAUUAUUUUUCAUGCAGUAUUGAACAACCAUGUAAAUAUAUAAUUUAUUCACUCCAAAGUGACUAUACUUAAUAUUACUGCAUAUAAAGAUAUCAAAUAGUGUGGUGUAUAGCGUACUCACAAGAUGUUUCUACAAAUAAUGUUAUUAUGACAACGGAAUUAGCCGCUGUAUUUGCGAUCACUUUGCAGUCAAAAAAAGUUGCGAAUUUUUUUUUUCUGGGACUGGGGAUCUUUUCUUGGAAACUGUGCGUUGUUCUCUAAAUUAAAACAGGAAAUACAUGUUUUCAUAAGAGUUGUGUAAAAACAAAAACAAUAUCAAUGAAACUGAUUGGGCGAAGGAACAGCUGUACAGCAGUUGUUCACAGAGGGUGGGGAAGGAUAUUUUCGUGAGCCGUGAAUAGUGAGUAUUUGCUCGUGUGAAAUGCUCGAUUUUAGUGUCGUGAAAUGUGAUUUGUUCUACAGCCGUGACGCGUGAUUGUUGAAAAAAAUGCUCCGUGAAAUGAGAAUUAAACAAGCCUGUUUCAUGAACUGGCAUUAUUAUAGUGAUUAUUAUAAUAACCAUAAUACGCGAUAAUCAACUUUAUAUCAACUCACUCGAUUGCACAAGACUAAAAACUUCGGAGGCCUUUCGCGAGGUUCCUGGCGGUGAGCACAAGAUUGUUGACGGUAAGGACAAGGUUCCUGCCAGUGAGGACAAGCUAUCUGGCGGUGUGGACAAGGUUCCUGCCGGUGACGACAAGGUUGCUGGCGGUAAGCACAAGGUUCCUGGCGGCAAGGACAAGGUUCCUGGCGGUGAGGACAAGGCUCCUGGCGGUGAGGAAAAGGUUCCUGCCGGUGAGGACAAGAUUCCUACCGUUGCGGACAACGUUGCUGGCGGUGAGGACAAGGUCCCUGGCGGUGAGGACAAGGUUUCUGGCGGUGAGGACAAGAUUCCUGGCGGUAAGGCCUAGGUUUCUGGCGGGGAAGACAAGGUUCCUGUAUUUGAGGACAAGGUUCAUACCGGUGAGGACAAAGUUCCUGCCGGUGAGGACAAGGUUCCUGGCGGUGAGGACAAGGUUUCUGGCGGUGAGGACAAGGUUUCUGGCAAUGAGGACAAGGUUCCUGGCCGUGAGGUCAAGCCUUAUCCCGCUAAGGACAAGGUUCCUGGCGGUGAGGACAAGGUUUCUGGCGGUGAGGACAAGGUUUCUCUCGGUGAGGACAAGGUUCCUGGCGGUGAGGACAAGGUACAUUGCGGUGAGGACAAGGCUUCUGGCGUUGAGGACAAGGUUCUUGGCGGUCAGGACAAGGCUCCUGGCGGUGAGGACAACGUUCCUGGCGUUCACGACAAGGUUCCUGGCGGCGAGGAUAAGGUUUCUGGCGGUGAGGACAAGGUUCCUGGUGGUGAGGACAAGGUUCCUGGCGGUGAGGACAAGGUUCCUGGCGCCGCGGUGGGAACAAGGUUCCUGGCGGUGAGGACAAGGCCGUGGCGUUCAGGACAAGGUCACUGGCGGUGAGGACAAGGUUUCUUGCGGUGAGGACAAGGUUCCUUGUGGUGAGGACAAGGUACCUGGCGGUGACAACAAGGUUCCUGGCGGUGAGGACAUGGUUCCUGGCGGUGAGGUCAAGGUUUCUGCCGCUAAGGACAAGGUUUCUGGCGGAGGGGAGAAGGUUUCUGGCGUUGAGGACAAGGUUCCUGGCGGUGAGGACAAGGUUCCCGGCGGUGAGAACAAGGUUUCUGGCGGUGAGGACAUGGUUUUUGGCGGUGAGAAGAAGGUUCCUGGCGGUGAGGACAAGCUUCCUGACGGUGGGGACAAGGUUCAUGGCGGUGAGGACAAGGUUUCUGGCGGUGAGGAUAAGGUUCCUGGCGGUGAGGAGAAGGUUCCUGGCGGUGACAACAAGGUUCUUGGCAGUGAGGAGAAGGUUUCUGGCGGUGAGGAGAAGGUUUCUGGCGGAGAGGACAAGGUUCCUGGCGGUGAGGACAAGGUUCCUGGCGGUGAGGACAAGGUUCUUGGCGGUGAGAACAAGGUUCCUGGCGGUGAGAAGAAGGUUCCUGGAGGUGAGGACAAGCUUCCUGGCGCUGGGGGCAAUGUUUCUGGCGGUGAGGACAAGGUUUCUGGCGGUGAGGAGAAGGUUCCUGCCGCUGAGGAGAAGGUUCCUGGCGGUGACAACAAGGUCCCUGGCGGUGAGGACAAGGUUCCUGGCGUUGAGGACAAGGUUCCUGGCGGUGAUGACAAGCUUCCUUGUGGUGAGACAAGGUUCGUUGUGGUGACGACAAAGUUCCUGGCGGUGACAACAAGGUUCCUGGCGGUGAGGACAAGGUUUCUGGCUGUGAGGAGAAGGUUCCUGGCGGUGAGGAGAAGGCUCCUGGCGGUGAGAACAAGGUUCCUGGGGGUGAGGACAAGGUUCCUGGCGGUGAGAACAAGGCUUCUGGGGGUGAGGACGAGGAUCCUGCCGGUGAGGACAAGGUUCCUGGCGGUGAGGACAAGGUUUCUGGCGGUGAGGACAAGGUUCCUGGCGGUGAGGGCAAGGUUUCUGGCGGUGAGGACAAGGUUCCUGGCGGGGAGGACAAGGUUUCUGGCGGUGAGGACAAGGUUUCUGGCGGUAAGGACAAGGUUGCUGGCGGUGAUGACAAAGUUCCUGUGGGCGAGUACAAGGUUCCUACCGAGGAGGACAAGCUUCCUGGCGGUGAGAACACGGCUUCUGGCGGUGAGGACAAGGUUUCUGGCGGUGAGAAGAAGGUUCUUGGAGGUGAGGACAAGCUUCCUGACGGUGGGGACAAGGUUCAUGGCGGUUAGGACAAGGUUUCUGGCGGUAAGGAGAAGGUUCCUGGCGGUGAGGAGAAGGUUCCUGGCUGUGACAACAAGGUUCCUGGCGGUGAGGACAAGGUUCCUGGCGGUGAGGACAAGGUUUCUGGGGGUGAGGACGAGGUUCCUGCCGGUCAGGACAAGGUUCCUUGUG